AAAAAAAAUCUUCACUUCAAGUUUUUCUUGCUGUGUUAAUUCUUGUUUUUAUUUUUGCUACUCCUGCUUUCUCACUUGUGAGUGCACAUAAUUGGGAAGGCCUGUUGUAUUUUAGGGGGUAGCCAUCAAAAUACCUUUUGCACCUAUGAGGGGCGGAAUCUAUCCUUUAGGACAGUGUUUCACGCCUCAGGCAAAUACUGUAGUUACAAUCCUACCAUUUUCCUUUUCCUACAAUCUAAAGGAUAGAUAUGGAUCCCACUGCUACUAGUACUAUUGCCGCCGGUUCCUCCAAUGCUACACCCGCUGCUGUUGCCAUGCCAUUGCUUCCUACCAUACCUCUCAUUGCACAUAUGGGGUUUCCAAACACCUCCAAAAUUGAAGUGUUUUGUGGCAACAACUUUAAAAGAUGGCAAGAGUGCAUCCUCUCAGCUCUUGACAUGUACAAUGUUGACUUUGCUCUAACUCAAGCAAAGCCUAAAGAAGGAACACCUGACUAUGCCAGCAACAUAGAGAUUUGGAAGCAUGCAAAUAAGGUUUGUGGAAACACUAAUCUUAGUACCUUAUCAAAUGAUCUAUUCGAUGUAUAUUAUCCCUACAAAGAAGCAAAGCAAAUAUGGGAGUCCAUGAAUAAGAAGUACACUGUUGAAGAUGUUGGCCAACAAAGAUUUGUGAUAGGAAAUUAUGCUCGCUGGCAUAUGAUUGAAGACGAGGAUAUCAAGAUGCAGAUCGACAAGGAUAUCAAGACGAUAGACGACUUGAAGCCUGAAAACAUUGAGCUGCCAGAAAGUUUUGUAGCUGGGAUGCUGAUAAAAAAACUACCUGACUCAUGGAGUGACUACAAGCAACAACUCAAACACAAGCGCAAGAUGUCGCUGGAAGAUCUGAUUGUACACAUCAUCAUCGAAGAUAGGAAUAUAAAGCAAGUGGAGGCUACAAGGAUCAAGGAGGUGAUCUCGAAAGCCAACCUGGUGCAAGACAAGUCGAAUAAGCAUAAAAGAUAUUGUUUUGUUUGUGGCAAGCCAGGGCACCAUGCACCUCAGUGCAGGAAGAGGGAGACAUGACAAUCCUACUAAGCCAAAUGCAAAUUUGGUUCAAGCAGAUGACAAUGACAUUAUUGCUGUGGUCAUUUCUCAAGUGAAUAUGGUAGCAACUAUGAAAGAUUGGGUGGUAGACUCUGGUACCAUCAGGCAUAUCUAUGCAAACAAAAAUGCCUUUACCUCCUACACAUCAGUAGGGGAAGGAGAAGAAACUGUUUACUUAGGUGACUCAAGAUCUACCCAAGUUCUUGAAAAAGGAAAAGUUCUUCUCAAGCUCACCUCAAGCAAGACAUUGGCAUUGAAUGAAGUGCUCCAUGUUCCUACCAUAAGAGUGAACCUAGUUUCUGUGGCCCUAUUGGGAAAGGUUGGGGUAAAGGUAUCAUUCGAAUUUGAUAAGGUAGUAAUGACAAAGAAUAAUAUUUUUAUGGAUAAGGGAUAUUAUAAUCAGAAACUUUUUGUACUUAAUGUUGCUGAAGUAAUUAAUAAAAAUGCAUGUACUUCUUCUGUUUA